AUGCUUUCCAAUCCGAGACAAAGAAAUAGGCCAAUGCUCAAGUUUGUAUUGUCUCGUCAGAUUCAAGUGCCUGCAUCACCUCCACCUUCUCUGGUGGUGCUGGAAAUAGAUGAUGGUAGACGAAAACGAGAAGGGGAAGGAGAUGAAGUGUUUUCUCACCAGCCAUGUGUGAUGUUGUUGAAGUCACCGGAGAUGCAGCUGAUUAGUGAUGCAACUGCUUCGUCACUGUUGAUUCAUCCACUACAUAUCAUUGCUGCUUCAGGUCUCCUUGUCUUCCUGUUAGCAGAUCCUGACAUUGAAGCACAAGUGAGGAAAACUGGUGAAACCAACUUACAUCAUCAAUAA